ACUUCCGAUGAACGUCGACGAAGACUUAAUCGUAAACGACAACAACGUUAUCGCAAAAACAAAAGAAAUGUGGAUUCAGAUGGCCCUAUGGAACUUGACCACCCAGGAGAAAAGAAGGUAUGUGUGCAAGGUGUAGUUAGUGACAUUAUGGAUGAGACUUCUGAAGAACAUCAACGAAGACUUAAUCGUGAACGACAACGGCGUUAUUGUGAAAACAAAAGAAAUGUGGAUUCAGAUGGCCCUACGGGACUUGAGCAAUUUUUAGAAAAUAACAUGUCUACCCCUGCUGAGCAAGAAGUAGUUAUUCCUCCAACUACUGUUCUUCUAAAAACAUUAAAAGCGCGUGUUUAUCCAUGGUGUUCACAAGGUUUAGACCGUCACUCUCUGGGAAGCAUGAAUCAUAGAUGUAAUUGUUGCGGGGCACUGUUGUGGAUAGAUGAAAGAAAAACAGGCACAUCUACACGAUCACCAAUUUUUACAACAUGUUGUGCCAAAGGCAAGGUUUCUCUUCCUCCUAUACCACAUCCUCUCAACGUGCUUCUUACUAGAACAGAUCCAAGUGCACGUUUAUUUAGGAAAAAUACUAGUAUAACAGGAACAAGUGGUGUUUACAGCUUUCGUGUUCAUGGAGAAAUGUAUCAUAGCAUAAGCACAAUGCUUCCUGACAAUGAAGCUCGCCCUCAAUUUGCUCAAAUAUAUGUGUAUGAUACUGAGCAUGAAUUGCAAAAUAGGAUGAAUGUAAUGCCUAAUCUUGAUCCAGUUAUUCUUGAGGGGCUUCAGCAAAUGUUACAUGCAAUUGUAGCACGAUAUUUCGUUCCAAUGGUUCAGCUCCUUGUCCAUCUCCAAUCAUAA